AUGCAACGGGUUGACGCCGAACGCGCGCGAGAACUGUCUUUAUUCCGCCCACUGGGUGAAUCGUACUACACCAGUUCCACGUCCGUACUCCCGGAGCAUUAUGAAGAACUAAUCAAUUGCGGUUGGCGACGAUCGGGAAAUCUUUACUACAAGCAAAAUCUGCUUCGGUCUUGCUGUCCUCACUAUACUUUGAGACUAGAGGCAACCGCUUAUCAGCCCCGCCGCGAUCAACGCAAAGCCAUCAACAAGUGGAACAAAUUCAUCUUAGGCCCCGAGUAUAUGCGAAAGGCAGCCCGGCUUUGUCCGCGAACACGCGAAGAAAAAAAGCACCGCAAGUGCAACUUCGACCUUCUGUCAGCUGUCCAUCAAAGCGAGUACAACCACGUCAAACGGCCAAUUGAUCCUGCCACCAAGCUUCCCAUUGAACCAGCGCACCGUUUUGAAAUUACCAUUGAAGGUGACUCUGUGUCUCAGGCAAAGUUCGAGCUGUUUCUUAAGUACCAAACGGCCAUCCAUAAGGAGGAUGUCUCUCACUGGAAGCCCAAGGACUUUCAACGCUUCUUAUGCACAGGCAUCAAACGAACUCCGAAUCCCCUAACGGCCACCAAUGCUUCUGAGAAGAAACUCGGGUCAUGGCAUCAGUGCUAUCGUCUUGAUGGCGAGCUCAUUGCUGUUGCAGUAUUGGACCUAGUCCCCAAUGGUGUCAGCUCCGUCUACGUCUUUUACGAUCCCGCCUAUGAGCAAUGGGAAAUCGGCAAGCUGAGCGCUAUGCGGGAAAUCGCCUUCUCAAUCGAAAAUCAGUAUCUGUACUACUACAUGGGCUACUACAUUCAUACCUGCCAGAAGAUGCGUUACAAGGCCAAUUUCCGCCCCCAGUACAUCCUUGCAUCUGACCCUUUUCUCUGUUACUCAGACCCUGAAUCCUGCAACUGGGACCCGCUUGAUGGCGAAUUGACAGAGAAGCUUAAUUCCCGUUCUUAUGUCUCUUUGUCUCGGGACCGGUCAUCCUCUCCUGCGCCUGAGGCCCCGAAAAUUGACGCCGACCUAGAGCAGGUUUCCCUCUUCGAUAUCGGUAUGCCUGGUGUCCUUACUGUCCCCCAAGUGGAAGCACUGGACCUGGAUCAUUGGCUGCUGUUCUUUAACAACAACUUUGUUCAUAUGAAGGAUCUGGUUAAAUGGGAAACCAUGUCAAUGACUUCGCCUAUGUCUAUCAAGGGAAUCGUUGCCGAGUUGGCCGCGGUCCUGGGCCCUGAAAUCGUCCGAAACAGCGCAGUGGACUUGUUCGGUUGA